GUGAAUGAGAUGCAAAUGGUGAAAAUGCUCAAAGAUGUAUAUAAGUAAUAAAGGUGACCGCAGCGUAUUUGUCGCUCUUUUAACGCUUUGUAACGCUUCUUGGUAAAUUAACAGCCGUUCAUCGACGACAUCAGGCCGACUGGUGCGCUUGUCGUGACUGUAUGAGGGGAUUACAGCACACAAAUUGACCUGGAGAUUUUUUUUUCCAAUACUAAAGACAUUGGCUAAUAUUGUUACUAGCUAACUACGCUCGAAUAAUAAUCGUUUCACGCUAUAAAUACGUAAUUUGGCUCGUUCAAAUUCAUCGCCUGCUUGGACUGCAGCAUCAGCCGUGUACCCCUCGCGUUAUGACAGCUGUACAUGGAUGUGCGGCCACUGCAGCUGUAACAGGCUAUGCUAGCAGCUAUAGCCUGUGCAUUUGAUAUAAAAACAUGACAUCAUCAGUUACAAUCGCUGAGAUGGUCAUUCAUACAAAAUAAAAGCUUUCUAGAGAAGGGGGGGGUGCUCCAACUGCCGCACAGUAGGCUGUGGAUGCAUCUUUUGCUAAUUUUGAUAUAUCCCUGUUAACACCAAAUGCACCUCUAGUAGAAUACGUUAGCACAAGUUGACAGCAGAGGUGGCCUGUUAAAGGGGCCAUACCAAGAAAGACUACAGGGAAGUAAAAUUCAAAGCCUCUCACCUUAAUGCUAUAGGCUGUGUGCACCAUACAUUCUCACAACCUCAGGUUAUGUGUCCUUUAAUGUAAUAUGAAUGGAUUGUUACACUGGCAUUUAUGCGAUUGCCAGCAUAAAAGGUGGUUACUCUGCGCCACAUAAAAGCAACAGCCUUUAAGUCAGGUCAGCCCCUUGCCGAGGUGUGAAGUAUUCUUUUACUGGCUUUCCUCUGAGGUGGCUUCAAGCCCUAACAAGGUGGUAAUGUUCUGUUGCAGUUGAGGUGAGAACCGCCAGUCAUCAUGGGAAACAUCUUUGGAAACCUGUUGAAGAGCCUGAUAGGCAAGAAGGAGAUGAGGAUUCUCAUGGUGGGGCUGGACGCUGCUGGGAAAACCACCAUCCUCUACAAGCUGAAGCUGGGGGAGAUCGUUACCACCAUCCCCACAAUCGGUUUCAAUGUAGAGACAGUGGAGUACAAGAACAUCAGCUUCACUGUAUGGGACGUGGGUGGCCAGGACAAGAUCCGUCCCCUGUGGAGGCACUACUUCCAGAACACCCAGGGUUUGAUCUUUGUGGUGGACAGCAAUGACCGUGAGCGGGUUAACGAAGCUCGGGAAGAACUGAUGAGGAUGCUGGCUGAGGACGAGCUGCGGGAUGCUGUUCUUCUUGUCUUUGCCAACAAACAGGACCUGCCCAAUGCCAUGAAUGCUGCCGAGAUCACAGACAAGCUGGGCCUGCACUCCCUACGCCACCGCAACUGGUACAUUCAGGCCACCUGCGCCACCAGUGGAGAUGGUCUCUACGAGGGCCUGGACUGGCUGGCCAAUCAGCUGAAGAACAAAAAGUGAAGGGUCCGGUCAGUAGAGUGGGGAAGAGCCUGGGUGCCAGCUCCAGGUAGUGGUUUUAGUGGAUCCAUUGUGUUUACAUGGAGAGAAAGCGCUGAAAAGCUCCCAGGGGGUGACUCUCAAUGGCUUUCUCCCCCCAAAAUACUUUCAUUUCAUCUCUUUAUUUUGAUUAUUUUGAUUUGUUUGGAUCUGCGGUGAGCGUUUUUUAAAUAUUUACAAACCAAUGGUGUCGAAUUUUACCUAAAUUACUUACAUUCUUAUAAGCUUAAUACAUAAAUAUUGGGAUGUAAUAGUAUAAUGUUACUGUAAAGGCAUAUGUAUUUCCCCUACUUUGCAGGCUCUAUGACCUUUGACCUCCAUCACCUUUUAAUUUGUCCAGAAAAAGCUAUGCUGUAGACUCAUGAUGGCAGAGCAACCUUCCCUCAGAUACUUUAAGCUUAAUGUAAAUUAUAAAGAAUGUCAUAAUAGUAUAGUGGGAGUACUCCUACUAUCAGAUUACUAUCACAUUGCUUAAAAACAGUAUAUUCAUACAGGCUCAGAUAAAUGAAAAGUUGUUAUUUUCUGUCCAUACCAAUGUUUUACCACCACCAAAUUAUGCGCUUCAGAGCUCAAUUUGUAUUUUAUCAUAAACUUAAGUUAUUUUACAUUUUAUUUAAAUGUAUUUAUUAUUUAUUUGGAUUUUAUUUAUUUUAUUAAACGCAAAGCCUGAUGACAUACUGGAUAGUCUUAAACAAUUUAUAUUUUUGUCAACAUUUAUUUAUUUAUUUGUAAGUUUGUUUCUUGGUUUUAUUUUCGAACUGCAUCACAUGGUUUCUCUCCCUUUAUUGCAAUGUGCAUUUACUGCUAAGGCAGCUAGUGAAAAAAGCAGGCCCUGUAUCACUGUAUAUUAUCGCUUCCCAAUCUGCAUGGAGAUAUUGCAGUACUGGCUAGGUGGCUUGUAAGAGCUCUGAACUACUGCAGGCUGCUGCUGUAAAUAAAGAUUUGUUCUUGGUCGACUUGCCUGGUUCAAUAGAGGUUAAAACAACGAGGUGUGAUAGCUGAACUGAUAUAGAUGACAGAACAGGCACACUGUACCAGCUCUGUGGCUUAGAAAAAAACGCUGCUAUCAGCCUGCCCUGUGGAGAGCGAUGUAGCAGAGCAUGUGAUUGGCAAUAUCAGAGAGCUUACAUGCUUUCAAAUUUUUAUUUUUUAAGUCGGUUUGUCCGAGCAGCUGCACUAUAUCUGUGAAAAGAACUGAUAUUGCUUGUCAUCCUAAUUUAUUCAUCCCCAAUUGGCGUGACAUUAUAUGUAUUUCUUGUGUUAACCGUAUCUCUGUGUACCAUGUUGCACAAAAUAACUCUAGAUGCAUUAUUGUUGUACAAAAAUGUAAUGUCUGUUUUUUCUUGUAUUUUUGAAUGGAGUAUUUAUUUAUUUUGGACCAAAUGGCAAGUGUUGAUUUUAGUGUUGUUUUUCUUAAUUUGCUAACUAGAUCAGACAGUUGAGUUUUUGAGUGUUCACACAAAUCACAUAAUUUGAAAGAAUAGGAGAGAGGAUGAUAGUAAUACUGCAUCAUAAGGCAUGUUAAUACUGUACAAGAUCUGUAAUAAAAGUGAAUUAUAAUAGCCUGUUUCCUCAGACUAUAUUUGUUAGUCUAAAUUACUGCUGCUGGUUGGAACAAUGCUGUACUGAUAAAUGUUAUGGAUUUAGUGUAAAGUUUACCGAACAACCUUCUAAUAUGCAAAAGCAUGCUUUUCUAUGUCAGCGCAACUGUAUAUAUGUUUAUGUAACAAGAAAAGUAUACCAUGGUAUUCGUGGUAAAAUUGAAAGUGUUGUUGAUACACCUGUAGAUAUUGGGGUCAGUGUGUUGGCAGAUAUGAAUAACUGACAGCAGCUUGUGUGUGAUGUGCCCUCUAUUACAUUCGGUUUGGUGUGAAAAUUGUUUUUGUGGCCUUAUAUUGCCAGUGGUUAAUUUCUCUUUGAUAAAACAGGUUUAUAUGUAGGAAUAUCCAACAUUCAAGUAUCUCACCCAUGAUCUGUUACACAGAUGCACUCAGUAUUGUUGUGGCUAAACAUCCUUCUUUCAAUGACUAUUGGCACACUUUAACUUGACAUAAUGUAGAAAAGCAAGACUGCUGAAUAUUCCAACUGAUAAUGUUUAUUCAAAAAGGGACAAACUGAAAUGGAUUUAUUUAAUUUAGUGGAAUAUUAUCAAGAGAGGAGGUAAUACAAACAACACAAACUGGUGCAAAAGUGUUGAAUGAUUUAAUGAUUCCUGGCACUCCAUCGAUCAAUCAAUAAAAAGACCAAAACACAAA